GGCCGGGGCCGGGGCCGCGGCGCGCUGCAGCCCGGCUCCGGGGCUCAGACCCGCCCGCGCUGGCUGGGCGCCGGCCCCCGGGCUGCCACUCAGCCUCUGACCCUCGGCCCACCCCCGGCCCCCCCGCAGGCGGCGCGACGGUGACCGCAGCCCGGCCGCCGGCGCUCCUCGUCGGGCCGGCGGGCGCAGAGCGCGCGGCGGCGGGGCGGGCGGCAUGGCCGUGUCCUGGAGGAGCUGGCUGGCCAACGAAGGGGUUAAGCACCUCUGCCUGUUUAUCUGGCUCUCACUGAAUGUCCUGCUUUUCUGGAAAACCUUCCUGCUGUAUAACCAAGGGCCAGAGUAUCACUACCUCCACCAGAUGCUGGGGCUAGGAUUGUGUCUAAGCAGAGCCUCUGCAUCUGUUCUUAACCUCAACUGCAGCCUCAUCCUUUUACCCAUGUGCCGGACACUCCUGGCUUACCUUCGAGGAUCCCAGAAGGUUCCAAGCAGGAGAACGAGAAGAUUGUUGGAUAAAAGCAGGACAUUCCAUAUAACCUGCGGUGUUACGAUUUGUAUUUUCUCAGGUGUGCACGUGGCCGCCCAUCUGGUGAAUGCCCUCAACUUCUCAGUGAACUACAGUGAGGAUUUCGUUGAACUGAAUGCAGCCAGAUACCGAGAUGAGGAUCCUAGAAAACUUCUCUUCACCACUGUUCCUGGCGUGACGGGGGUCGGCAUGGUGCUGGUGUUGUUCCUGAUGGCUACAGCCUCUACAUACGCCAUCCGAGUUUCUAACUAUGACAUCUUCUGGUAUACUCAUAAUCUCUUCUUUGUCUUCUACAUGCUGCUGAUGUUGCAUGUUUCAGGGGGGCUGCUGAAGUAUCAGACUAAUUUAGAUACCCAUCCUCCUGGCUGCAUCCAUCUUAAUGGAACCAACCGCAAGAAUAUUUACUUACCAGGGUAUCUCCCAGAACAUUUUCAUGCAUCUUUUCCCGGAGGAUUUUCAAGACCAGAGGAGCUUACCCAGAACACAUUUGUGCAGAUCUGUAUGGAAGAGCCAAGGUUUCAAGCUAAUUUUCCACAGACUUGGCUUUGGAUAUCUGGACCUUUGUGCCUGUAUUGUGCCGAAAGACUUUACAGGUGUAUCCGGAGCAACAAGCCAGUCACCAUCAUCUCAGUCAUAAGUCAUCCCUCAGAUGUCAUGGAAAUCCGAAUGGUCAAAGACAAUUUUAAAGCAAGACCUGGCCAGUAUAUUAUUCUACAUUGUCCCAGUGUGUCUGCAUUAGAAAAUCAUCCGUUUACCCUCACAAUGUGUCCUACUGAAACCAAAGCAACAUUUGGGGUCCAUCUUAAAAUAGUAGGCGAUUGGACAGAACGCUUUCGAGAUUUGCUACUUCCUCCACCUAGUCAAGACUCUGAGAUUCUGCCCUUCAUUCAAUCUAGAAAUUAUCCCAACCUGUACAUCGAUGGUCCGUUCGGAAGCCCAUUUGAGGAAUCACUGAACUAUGAAAUCAGCCUCUGUGUGGCUGGAGGCAUCGGAGUUACUCCAUUUGCAUCUAUACUCAACACUCUGCUGGAUGACUGGAAACCAUAUAAGCUUAGAAGACUGUAUUUUAUUUGGGUGUGCAGAGACAUCCAGUCCUUCCGUUGGUUUGCAGACUUACUCUGUGUGUUGCAUAACAAGUUUUGGCAAGAGAACAGACCCGACUAUGUCAAUAUCCAGCUGUACCUCAGUCAAACAGAUGGGAUACAGAAGAUAAUUGGAGAAAAAUAUCAAGCACUGAAUUCAAGACUUUUUAUUGGACGUCCUCGGUGGAAACUUCUGUUUGAUGAAAUAGCAAAAUGUAAUAGAGGAAAAACAGUUGGUGUUUUUUGCUGUGGACCCAAUUCCAUUUCUAAGACUCUUCAUAAACUGAGUAACCAAAACAACUCAUAUGGGACAAGAUUUGAAUACAACAAAGAAUCUUUCAGCUGAAAACCUGUGAGAUGAACCAGGACCCUAAAGAAGGAAUGAGUGCAAUUUCUAAGACUUUGAAACUCAGCUGAAUCAAACAGCUCUAUCAUGCCAAAGAAUAGCAAGGUUUUCUUAUUUAUAAUUAUUUAAAACAGAAAUGCAGAAAAUGUGGCAAGAUGACAGAUCACAUUACAUGUUUAAUCUGGAAACCAAAGAGGACUUGAAGAAUAUUUGAUGUGGAUGAUUCACUUUUCAAUGCUCAAAUUAAAAGUAAGCUAUUAGAUGCACACUGUUGAUUUUUAUGGCAGAUUCAAGAACUCCCUAGUGAGGAGAUACACUUGCUCAGUGUGGGGCUGAUAGCCUCCGUCCUCUUUAAAUUGUUUCUGGUUGAACAAAUGCAAGAGUGAGUGAAAUUAAGAAUUCAUUGAAACUCGGAUUACAUUUUCUAUGUGAGUAUAUACAGAGUUACUUUGAUUUAGAAAAGCUCCAGGCAAAUAUAUUAGACAUUUGAAGAUUUAGCAUAAGACUGUAUUGAUACGGGUACUUUGUAUCUGAACUUCCUCACUACUGAUGCCAGUACCUCUAUUUGAUGUCUGUAGACUUUGUGCUGAAUGAACCUUUUGUAGAUGUCUAUGUAGUAUCUAUUUUUAUAUUUUUCUUCCUUUUUUCCUCUAAGGAAAUCUGCCCUCCCUUGGCAUGCCUUAGACACAAUGAUUCAACAGUCCUUUUCAUCCCCAGUCUAUUACUGUUGCAUAGUAAUAAGGAAAAUAUCAUUACUGUAAAUUAUGAAGGGAUAUAUAGACUAAUAACUUUUUCAGCAUUUUGACAUUUAUUAUUUCUAUUUACUUGUAUCCCCAGCAUAGUUUGUCUUGGUUUUUAGCCUCUUAAGGUACUUAGUUUAAUUUGCACUUUGAGACCAGAGAGCAUUGUGUCUGUCAGUGGUCACUGACGUAUAAGAUCUCUCUCUUUUAUCACACAUUAGUUUAUGCUGGUGACAUUGAAACUAUAGUCACAUUACUGAACAGAAAACCUGUACUCUACUUUCUAUGUAAGAGGAAAUAUAUCAUUAGUUAUUUAAAUUAAAGUUCAGAAUCAAGAAUAUUAUUGUUUCACUGUCUGGUAUUCUGGGUCUUCAUAGGGCAUUUUUUAGUAUAAAGUCCCUUUUGGGACUACACUGUGUGAUCCUAUAUGCUUGUUCUCCAAUAUAUUCUUGGCUCAAAAGGAAAAACUUCACUACCUUAAAAAUUAAGGCAUUUUUACAGUUUAGUGAUUUUGUUUUAUAGAUAUCUAUCAAUUGCUAUCAAAUAUAGCACUUUUCUGAAGUAAACAGAAUGACUCAUCUUGCCUUUGUUAAAAUUUUGCAUGAUAUAACAUACAUGAUAGAUGCUCCUGUCACUUUUUGCUGUGAUUCACAAUAGCAGUCAAGUAUGUUAAACUAUCUAGUGUUGAAUGCACAUAAACAUGUAGCAUUUAGAUAUUUCUUCUUCCUCUUGGAAUUCUUUCUUCUCCCUUCUGUGGAAGAAGGUGAGUCAGAAAAAUAUUGGGGGAAUGUACAAUGUUCCUGAAGAUUUAGCUCUGAAGAUACAUUUAAUAAACAGUAUGUUUUGGUUAACACUUUCUAAAUUAAAAAGAAUUUUCAUAAAAACCUAAUGGAAAGAACUUGUGAAAAGAAGCUUGAAUAGUACAGGCUUGAUGUGCAAUACUCUUUACUGAAAAUUAUUUAAGUGAUUAUAUUAAUAAAUCUAAUUUCAGUAAAAUAAGUGGAAGAUUUUUUAGAAGAAGAAUGAUUACUUUUUAGGUAAUUUUUGCUUCUUUAUGUAGGAAUGAAAUUAGGGCUUCACCAUGCAUGUAGUAGAGCUUUGCUUUGUUUUGAGGGAUUCUUUCUCUGGGCUAUUUCUUGUCACACAGGUCUUAAAUCAAUCAUUUUAGUGGCAAUAAAUAUUAAAAUUGAAAUGGUAUCCUUGAAAUCUCUAUAAGCUCACUUUACCUUGUAACAAAUAAAGCAAGCAGAGUUUCUUCACAAGAUGUUGCAAGUUUAAGAAACAUAAUCUAUUAGGGUGCAUGCUAGCACGUGCAGCCUUAUGAAUUUGAGUCCUGGGACUACCAAUGUCCUCUUUAAAUUGUUUUUGGUUGUCACAUGGCUAAUGGUAUGACUAUGGCAAAUUGCUUCUCAAUCUGGAAUUGAGAUUUCUCAUUUGGACUAGAUAGUUAUUAAUCUUUUUUGGGAACCUGAUUACAAAUGAAUAUUAUGCCAUACAUAUAGAAUAUUACAUAUACUUUUGGGGGCCCACAAAUAAUUUUCAAAAGUAAGGACCCCAGCUUAGAACUUCUGAACAAAAUAAUCAUGACUGUAGGUCUUUCUGCUGAUACCUUUCUUGCACAUAUUUUGGAAAAAACUCAAACUUUUGUAGGAUUAUAUUGAGAAAUUAACCCUAUGGAUAAAGGAAAAUAAGUUCUCUCUAUAUGCCCUCAAACAAUCCAAUAGAAUUUUCCAUCAGUUAAUCUUGGGUCUCCUGCUUUAUGUAAGGGAAGGCUGUGAUUUUAUAUAUCAAUAAUAAUAAAAGACUCAGAUUCAAACACAUACACAUGUGUUUAUACACCAUACACACAUUUGGAGCUUCAUUUGCUUUUUUCUUUCUAAUGCAUGUUUAAAAUGAAACAAUUGGUUUUUCUUUUCUUCGGUUAGGGACUUAAAAUGCCAGGUGGGUGCUUGUGAUAGCACAGGUACUUAAAACAAAGGAAUAAAAGCAAUAUCGAUAAAGCAUGGGUGAAUUGAUAUAAUUAUAUCCUUGUUAUUUAUACCCCUCCCCCAAUCAGUGUUUAGUUGAAGCAUUCGUAGUAUAAGGCAUUGUUAAAGAGGCUUGUUAGAGGCAAAUGGGCCAUUGUCAUCAAUAGAUAACGGUGUUGCUGAAGAACGUUUAUUAUAUUAAAGAGAAAAAAUUAAAACAAAAAUUUUUCCCUUAAGGUUAACUCAGUUGAGCAGUGAUUUUUCUAAACAAACUAAUGAGAUAGAUACAUUUUUAAGUGCUACUUAUGAUACACAGUUCCCUUUUCUUGUGCUAUUCAGGACACUUUCAUAUCCAGUUACAGUAUAGAAACAUGAAGUGCUCAAGUUAGUGAAGUACUCUUAUUUUGCAGUUAAGGACACUGAGGCCCAAAGGGACAUGUUAACUUGCUUCAAGUCACCCACUGAAUGUGCUGCAGAGCUGAGCAAGUUCAGCGUUUUCCUAAGCUCUGCCACCGAAGGCGCUCCCCCUCCCUGUGACGUGCACAGCUAACAGAUGCAUCUUGGCCUGUUAGUUUCGGUCUCCUAUACACUCCAUUUUGUGUUUUGUGGGAAAUAAAAUACUGAGUGUUAAUUCCAGAUUCAGAUGCCAAAACUUACUCUAUUCUUCCUAUAUAUCUGGGGGCUCUAAAUUUGUGAGUUUUAUGUGUUUUGCCUAUUAAAACCUAUUUCCAGAAACAGUUGUAUGUUCUCCAGAACUUUGUACUGGCGACAUACAUAAUAGUAUAGUUUCUAGGAAAUGCUAGUAUUUAAUUUUUAAAAUUUAGAUUCAUAGGGAAAAGUCAUGACUUUACAGCUUUCUAACCACCCAGGGAAAUGUUGAUAUUAAAACAAAUGAUUAUUGUUCUCUACCCACAUGACCGUAACCUUAUUCUUGUUCAGGAGAAAAGAAUCAGCUUUUUGUAAACUAGUGAGACAAGAACUAAAUGAAUUCAAGCAUGAUGAGCAUUUACUUCAAUCACCAUGAAACAAUGAAACUGCUUCCUUCUGUCUAAAUCUCCACUCCAUUACCCCAAUGUCUUUAUUCCAUUCUGUGGUAUUCUCAAAGGACAGAGCUGCAAAAGCUAGCUAGACAAAGUUUCCCAAAGAAAAGAAGCAGGAGACUUCCAAUGCUUAGCAAAGAAAGGUCCAUUAAGAAGGAAAAGAAAGGCCAUGUGAAUCAUUUAAAAUUAGCAGAGAGUUAAGCAAUGUCACUUUAGAACAGGGACCAGUAAUUUUUUUAAGUGAAUAUGCAGAACUUUUAUUUUUUCCUGUGCAAGAAUUUUUAUAUUCUUGUUCAUAGAGUCUAAAACCAGAUGUCUUUUGUUUUACAUUGUAGCAGAAUCACCAGUCAUCAUCAUGCAGUGUUAAACUACAAUUUAAGAAUUGUUAAGGGCAAAACAUGCCUCAAAGGAGUAAAACUAGAAAGAAAAAGAAAGCAGUCACAGAAAGAAAAAUGACUUAACACAUCAGGGCAUGAUAACUCUUUUUCAUAACUCAAUAGAUGCUCACGUGUGUGGCAAAACUGGCUAUUACUGUGGUUUGGGAAAAUGUCAAUUUGGUUUAUUUUUGGGGGUCCUUUCACAUUUUCAUUGCCACUAGAAUUUUAGUAGGAGCUUUACUUUGAUCUGAAUUGUAUCUGGCUUUUGCAAGAAUUAGAGCUUUGAUGAGCUCCUGGGUGACCUAGAGAGAACCCCGACAUUUAGAUGAGAACCAGCAAUACGUAAAUGCCCUAAUAUAUGUAGCUAUAAAGGAGAGGCUGCCAUGAAUUUCUUCAACUGCAUACACAGCACAUUCAAAUUCCGUUGCUGCAAGGUCACAACUCUUAUCCUUCCACCCAGAGAAUGAAACCCUCUUUAAAAUAUGCAGACACUGAGAAACAUUCCCUCUUGUAUCAUAAUAGUGUAUCUGUUCACCUAUAUCAGCUCAUUCAUUUGAAACUAGUUAUCAAUUUAAAAUGACGAUGUAAUUCAUUUUAGUGGUGAGAAAUCUCCACAGUAUAUAAAAUAAGGGCCUUACUUGUCUGCUAAAAAAUGUAGGGCUGCCAAUACAUUGGCUAGGGCGAAUGCUAGGUUUUCCUCUCCAGCUGAGCUUUAAAGGAAUGUCAGAUACCUUACCACACAGGUCGGAAGUGGGACGUGCUCUGGGUUGCACCCCGUGCUCUGUGAUCAGACAUCCUGCACAGUUGAUCCUCCAGACUCCCAGGAACUAUUCAGUUGAGAACAUAGCAGCUCUUGAGCCAGCUUGGCAUCUUUAACCACAUAAUUGGGUACCCACCAGGUGCAGUUAUAUGCUUAUUUAAAGAUGAUGAUGGCUUAUCAGAUGCCAUUAGCAGUAUACUUUAUUUUCUUCUCUCUCCAUUAAUAUUUGAUUCCAAUUCAGAGUUGGGAAAAGCAGAAAUCACUUUAGAAAGUGGGAUUGGUUGGCUGAAGUUCUGUUCCACCCAGAGAGUUUAAGGGUGUCAUUUUAUCCAGCCACCUCCAGUGCGCAGAGUGAACAGGAUCCUGGAUUAGUAAUCAGAAGACUUGCGGCUUUUAUCCCUGGAAAGUAUUGGGCCACAUACAUAAAAAUGGGUAUAAUAUCUACCUCUGCCUGCGUCCCUGUUACACGGAUGUACUGGCGCAAAAAUGUAGGGGUGAGGAGAAACAGAAUGGUGAAGAAAGAAAUUUCCUGGACACAUCUUCCUUACUUGGGUUGUUGAUAACAGAGUAAAAAUAAAACACUGUUCUGAGGAAGUAAAAACAUAGGCUUUUAUGAGUCACAGUCCAUUGUAACUGAAAGAGUUAGUAUUUAAUUGUGUCCUCUGGGCAAGUAGAGAACUACCCAGGAGCAAAGCACACCACUGUGUGUCUUUGUUCUUCUGAGAUUGCCAUAAACGAAGUCCCCUGUCAUGUCCAGUGUAACUGCCUUCUGAAUUCCUCUGAACUAGUUUUGGUCAGGCCCAGUGCCUCUAGAGAUAGCUGUAUAGAUCUGUGACAAUCAAGCUAGGAAUUGCUCCAGCGUAAUAUAAUUUAUCCUGCUUAUUUAAGGUCUGAUGGAGGAAAAAUCAGGUGUUCAUAAGACACCAUACUAUUAAAACUAAGGCCUGUAUCUUAGAACUAGAAAUAAUUCUUUAAAAUUCUACAAAAGAGAACACUGCAUUGUAGCUCUAUUUUUCCUAGAUGGAAAAAAUGAAUUUAUUUCUUGACUCUUACCAAAACUACUUCACAUUAUGUCUUUUCAUCAAAGGUCACAUUAUUUUGUAGCUGUUUGUAUUUAAAUUAUGUGUGUGUGUGAGAGAGAAAAACAGCCUUUUUUAUGGUGAAUUGGAAGGAAUGUCUGAAUAAAAUGCCUGAAUAAAAACAACAUUCUGCAGACAUAUGUAAUGAUGCUUUCCAACUUUCAUAAUAAGCAUUCAGAGGUGGUAGCUUUGUGUCUGGGGGAAAUAUUGUAGUGCUGGAGAGGAAGGACUAACUCAAAUUCAAUACUUGUGAAGAAUUGGAAAAAUUUAUUUUUAUAUGUAAUUUUAUUGUAAAGUCAUAGCAUGUUUGUAGAAACCAUUGUUUUUGAACAUGAUGUAGUGUUUAAAAGCUAGACAACUAAACGUUGGACAAAUAUACUUAAAAUUCCUCACAUUGUAAACCAGUUGUGCACCUUUGGCAGUAAUAAUCAAGAAGUCAUUCCAGGAUUUUGAGAACUGGCCAGGGUUGUUUUCAGUCCUAAGGAAAGACCAAAUGAUCAGAUUAGUCUCACUUGUGAAGAUAUUAACAGGUAACAUUUAAGAAAUGUCCCUUUGAAAAGCUUUCCAAGUGGUCUAAUUUUAAGCUUCUUGGAACUUUCAUGUCAACAGGAUGUAUAAUUGGGAAACUGAGAAUUCUAAUUUCUAAAUUUAAUAAGCUGGGUUUGGAAUUUGGGGUUUAUUUUUGGUUUGUUUGGUGUUUUGUAUUAUUCUCAAAUUUCAUAAUUGUGCCCAUAAAAGAUUGUAAUAUUUACUUAAUUUUAAAGUGUCAAAAUUUAAUACUUUACUGCACAGAAAAUAAAGUAUAAUGUUCAUUA